UUUGAUUUACUGGACUAGAAUAAGUCGUGGUUCUACGCUUACAAACAGUUGUGCACAAUUUCAGUUUGCGCACAAAAUUUGUUUCCAAUGAAAUAUUGUCUAGUCAACUUUUUUAUUUGGUUUCUUAUUUCUAGGCAAAGAUUUGAAAGGACACGUCAUCGUUGUAGUGACGUCAUCAAGUUUAUCACAUCAACAGAUUCAGAAACAAUCAUUCCAAUAAGAUAAACUAACGAUAACAUACCUGGACAGUUAUCACAGAACUCUAUUUGUGCCACAAAAGCACUAAAAAGAGAUGGCUUGUGCAAGCUCCAACAUUCAGAGACUCCGAUUACUGACACUGUUUCUCUUCUGCAACUUCUUGUUUUUCAUUGACGCCAGCGCCUCAAGGCUGUAUUUAUCUGAAGACAUCGAGCCUAUAGUCGUCCAACCUGAACAAGACGGGCCGUUAUUAAAUCAGGACCAUAAUGGAGAAUCUCAACAGAUCAUGGUGGUGUCUGCAAGGCCGGAGGUUCUUCCAGAAGAUGAGGCCGAGGAAUAUGAAAGUGAAGACGAUCGCGUACUCGCAAACAACGGAGCUGCUUCCAAUACACUGUUGCCUUCAAACUCUGAAAGUAGCUACUUCCAAACAUCUACAAUAAGUGUCAAUGUCUGGCCCAAAGACUCUCUGAGAAGAAUGAAAGAAAAAAGCAGGCGUGAUGAUGUCCGAAAGAAGAUUCUGGAAGGUGUCAGGUUCAAAACACUACCCACUAUCUCAGCAGAACAACGAAGGAACGCCAUGGACCAGAUCUUCAACGACCAUAACAUCUUCUUUCCAAGGGCAGCUACUCCAGAACAAAGAAAUUGUUACUUAGCAACAUGCGCAACACCAAAGUCCACCAGUGAGGACAUGUGGAGAGAUAAGUCUCAGCCUGGACUCAGACUCAACUUCAAUCUGCCAAGACUGGAUCGGAAACAUGAGAGCGACGAAGUCAGAACUGCAAGACUGAACUUAUUUAUUAAACCACGAAAAGAUUGCCCAUGUGUAGAUGAAGAUGAUAAAGAAAUGUCUGAUUAUUUGGUCACAAUCUAUCAGUUUAUCAAACCACUAACCACAAAGAAACGAAAUCGAGUUGUCUACAAACAAAAGAUUUUGAAUGCAGUCAUGGUCCCAGCACAAGGCAACGCAUGGCUCACCAUUGAUAUUAAAAGGGCGGUAACCAUCUGGAUGAAGAAAACUCGUAAAAAUUUUGGUGUCGAGGUUACAGUGCAAGACUCUUACGGGGCUACCAUCAAUGCUAAAGAAAUCUUUGUAUUGCCUGACUGCUCCAAUACUAGAACUGAAAGAGCUUGUAGAGAUGGUACUAUUGAGACUCUGACGGUAAUGCCUUGGACAGAAGCCAUGACCAGAGAUGAGGUAGUCAACAGAAACAUACCUUAUGUAGAUGUAGUGGUCACUGACAAAGCCUUAGAAAAGAGCCUAAUGGACAGGAGCCGUUUAUGGUCCAGAAAUCUUUACCGCAGCCUUGAAGAAUGAAGUCUAAAAGCCAUUAAAUGCAAGCUCCCAGCCCUUCACUGCAUCACAAGAAAACACUUGACUUAAAUGAAGAAGAGAAAGAGCUGAGUGUUAGUUUAAUGUUUUUAUACAACUGAUUAUUGUUCAAAAAAGUAAUUAUUAUAAUGAAAAUUAUGUAAACAUGGAAAAAGAUUUUAUAGUUUCCAACCCAUCAGUUUUUUAUUGUAUACUUUGUUGUUAGUUUUUCUUUAUUUCUUGUGAUGUCAUCACCCUAGAUUGAAGGCUUCACACUACAAAUAGGCCAAACUUGAAACACAACAUAAUCCUCCUUUCAAUAGAAUUCAAUAGAAAUUAAAGCUCUAAUGUCACCAAGGAUGUGGUAUACAUUGCUCUGAUACUUUGGAUUAUUAUAAUAAACACUUUUAUAAAUCUAUCUAAAUGGAUUAGAAUUAAACAUUCAAUGAUUUAACGUUAUAUUUUAUUAGAUUUACAGCUUCAUGUUUGAUAAUGUCACAUCUUUGUAAAAAAUAGGAAAAUGAAUGUUUGGUUGUUGACAUCCAUGAUUUACGUUUAUUGGAUGUGUGCUAUUAUCAAUGUGACUCAAAAUUUUGAAUAUUAUAACUGUAUUGAAAUUCAUAUGUUUUUGGCAUGACUCAUUCAUCAUUUUAUACUUUUUAUACUUGUCGCCUCAGGACAAAUAAUGGCAGUCAUCAAAUUAGUUUGUACAUAGUUCUUUUUGACUAUAUUCAUAGGAAUUUGCAUUUUAGACUAUUGACAUAUUGGUCUCUUCAACAAAAUUUAUAGAUUAUUUAAUCUUUUUUAUUAGGGAAUAGGGACCUUGUGGUGUGCCAUUCUAGCAAAGGCAUUGCAGAGUAGGAAUGGUAGGGCUCGGGUUUCCAAUGUGGUUUGGAAGGAAGGAUCCAAGGGGAGAAAUAUUUAUAUAUAUGAAUUGUUUGAAUUAACUGCUCCUUGUGGCUAGGAACCCAGAUGCAAAAAACAAAUAUGAAAAAGAAAUUCAAAAUUCUAUCAAAGAAACCUUUUUGUAACUUAUAAAUAAAAAAGGAAUUACUAUCAUUGGCAUUUCAUUUUACAUGAUAUUUUACAUGUGUAUAUAGUUAUAUGAUAAUCUUACAACUUGCUCAUAUGUAAUUGUGUCAUUAGUCACUUUGCUAUUAGGUAUAAACUUGUAGUUGUAUAAUUGGCAAUGUUUCAUGUCUCUAAUGUUACAUGCUGUGACAAUGUUCAGUGUUUUGGAAAACCUCCCAGAUUACUAAUCUGAUUGGGGGCCAGGCUCUCACAGGAGAGGUAACUACACAUAAAACAAAUGUUUACUUUUGAAGUAGGUUAACAACAUUUGUCUGUCAGGGUUUAAAGUUUUAGAUUGCAAGAGAUUUCAACAUAAUUAUUAGAUCUCAUGGCAGCCAUCCUAUAUUAUGCAUUCAGUGUGAAUCUUGUUUGUAACCAAAUAACAAAGCAGUGGUAGGCCUAUAUAAUAUAUAUAUAUAUAUAUAUAUAUAUAUAUAUAUAUAUAUAUAUAUAUAUAUAUAUAUAUAUAUAUAUAUAUAUAUAUAUAUAUAUAAUAGGGCUCACUGUAUAGGAGUUCUCCCGUCAUCAUUGAAGGCACUGCUUUGUAGUCGAAGAAGAUGGCGCUAGAGUUAAAAUGUUUUGUUUUUAAAAGCUGAUUACAUUAGGGCAAGGGUAGGCUGGGAGUAUAUAGUAUGUACAUAUGUAUAUAGAUAGACUUUCAUCGCUACAUGGUUCAGAACUAAAACUACCUAAACCACUGAAAAAGAAAGUUAGUCAAUAAAUGAACCUUCUGCCUUAAAAAUUAUCCUCAUAUUUAUAUACCUCAGUACAUGUGUAGAUAAAUACAUUUAUAUAUCAUUCAAUGACAAUUGUAUUGAAUAUGACACUUGUAUAUAAUUAUUGUAUAUUCAUGUUAAUGAUUAUCUUUGUAGAUUUAGAUGUACUAAUUCAAUCUUUUUCUGUCAGAUUUAAAUCUAGUUUUUUCCAUACGAACCUGGAAUUGAGGACUCAAAAAAAACAUCUUUAACUAUUAUUUUUUUAGUUAUGAUGAACUCUGAAAUCUAAGAAACUUUACAAAAUUUAAAUUUAUGUCAAUUAUUUGUAAGUUGCUUUUGCACAAAUAUUUAGAAACUGCAAUCAAAAAUUGUUUCUAUUUUAUUUAGUUCUUGGAAUCUAUCCUAGGAUUUAUUUUUUUUAAUAUGAGAUUACAAAAAAAGGUCUGAAGAAAAAAAACAAAAAACUACAUGAUUUUUUAGAGGGUCAUUAUUCAGUCUGUAUGGAUGUUAGACUUUUUUUUCUUGGGUAAGCGACUCACAUUUGUUGGAAUUGAAAGUUGGCAGGACAUGGCUGGAAGGGAGAACAAGAACAUUAAAACCAAAUUAAUUAAUACAAAAAAAAACAACAAAAAAACAACUGAUAUUGUUGAGCUCAACUCCAGGAUUAAGUCAGAAAGUUAAGAGUUUCAGUGUUGUAUGUUGUGUGUAUUAAUACUGAAGUCAUUCCAUUAAAGCUCAUCUUAAUUUAUUUCUUCAAUUCAAAUGGUCAGCAUUAACUCAUCAAAUAUUGUGCAUGAAUGAAUUAAUUUUAUAGUAGUUAUUUUAUGUAUAUAUUUAUUUAUUUUUUUUGCCUUAAGAUGUUUGACUGAGGCAUUCUGGACAUUAAGUAUAAGAAACUUACAAAUAAAUGAAUAAAUAUUAAGUAGUUCUAUUUAAAUUACUAUCUCUAUGAUUGAAAGUGCACUGAAAAAAAGAAAACAUCCAGACCUUUAUAAAUCUGUUUCAAACAUGAAUUUAAUGUUGAACCAUCCUCUAAAAUACAUUUUUCUGUAUUAGUAUUUUACUCUGUAGUACACAUAUUAAAACUGAACUGAUUAAUGACUAUGAUUUAUUGUAUUUAUAUUUUAUAAAUAAAGGAAUGCAGAUGAUCUGAAUAA